AUGGUUAAAAGCCCGGUCGUUACGGGCAUUUCUCCCAAGGAAGGUCCACCCGGUACACGGGUAACGAUACGUGGCGAAUUUCUUGGGAAUAAGUCAACAGAUUUGAUUGGUCUUACCAUCUGUGGAUGUGAUUGUUUGCUGUCGGCGGAAUGGAAAUCGGACAAAAAGAUAGUAGCCCGUACUGGGGCGGCCAAAGGAAAGGGUGACAUUAUCGUGACAACGCGCGCAAGUGGCACCGGUACUUGCACGGUGCAGUUCCGUGCAUACUACGAAACGAUAGGCCCGAUGAAAGAAUCCGCUGUAUGGAUUGAAGAAUCGCCCAUGCAAUCGUUGGCCUGGGGGCGACGUUCAUUGGCACCGACGGGGUACACGCAGGAAGAUCCACUCGGUCUCUCCAACGAGGGCAAUGAGAAGAAGUUUCCCGAAGAUCUGCGCGACCUGUUCCCGGAAGGUUCGGGUGAUUUAUCGCAGGAAAACUUCACCCCCGGGUGGUUUCUGCUCGAGAACCAUCAUGCAACGUCGUUCGAAGAUUUGAAGGCCGGUCUUUCCUACCUGCGGCGGCGUGUCGAGAGUCAAAAGGAAGGUCAGCUUUCGUUUUUGAAAUCAAACGCCGGUUCGGUGAUUGAUCAACUCGAUACGCUGAUGACGUUGCGCGACCGCAUAACGCAGGACAAUAAAGUACACGGUAAGGAACCGGUACGACAACUCGAUGUGUCCAUACGCGGUUCGAUCGAUGCUUCGCACGAGCUGUUCAAGGAUGUGUUGGUGCGGAAGGAGAAAGCGGACGCAACACGGGCCGCACUGUCGGCCAUGUCGCGACACAAGUUUCUGUUCUGUUUGCCAAACACAGUGGAAAAGGCCGCACUGAAAAAUGAGUUCGAUAUUGUCGUGAAUGAUUAUGCACGAGUAAAGAACUUGUUUGGAAAAACAGAAGUUCCUAUCUUUCGGAAGGUAUUGGAGGAGGUGGACGUUAAGAUAUUGGUCAUCCGGCAGCUGUUGCAUGGCAAGAUCAAAGAAAUGCCUCAAGGCGUUGAGCAGCAGAAAAAGAUGAUAAAAGCAUUGAUAAGCUUGGAAGCUCAGCAAACCGGCACGACCGUGGCCGGCAAACUAAAGAUCGAAGAUCCAGCUUGGGAUGCUAUUGAAGCGCGAGCAAAAUAUCUGGAGGAAACUUUCCUAAAGGCUUACGAACAAUACUCCGGCAAGGAAACGCACGGCAGCGAAUCAAAAUCCCGCAGCGAUCCCGCAGUGACACCCGUACGCGUGCAGUUCUGUGAGGAAAUGACCGAAAUUGCCGCUAGUCAGUUCCCCGAUCUGUGGCGGUUGGGACAGGCUCACUUUAAUGGCGAAUUGCGUGGAGCUGCUCCACCGAAACCGGGCAAUUUCAAGCGCAUUAUUCUAACGGCUAUCGAGCAAUUCUGUUCUUACCUCCGUUCGGCGCUGUUGGCCACGUCAAGCGCUCACCGAUCGUUAGUCGCAGCGGUAAGCGCCGUAAAGGGAUUACCUGCCUGGCCUUCCGUAAGCCCUUCGUUGAACUUUCUCAUCACAUGGCUGCCGCACUGCUUGCGGUAUGUUCGUGUCUCGUAUGCUACUCUGAUCCGGCUCGAUCUUCCAAACGAAGCGCUGGAUAUAGUGCUGAAGUUCAUCGACGAGUUACGGCUCUACUGCAUGUCGACGAUCUUGAAGAAAGCAAACGAGCGGGUGAAGAAGUUGCACGAGAAGGAGCAAUGGGAGCUGUCGGUGACGGAGUUUGCAGGGGCGACCAGUCUGCCUGCCAAAUUGGAAGAGAUCUUGGUCGAAGCGAUCGACGACGCACAAGUCGCUUGCCUAACGCCGGAAGUGCGAGAAGGGACCCUGCUAGAACCACAAUCCGAUGGUCAGCGGGAGUUAUCGAAGCGUUUCCAAGAAAUACUCACCUCCUUUUGUAGCGUGAUUGAAACGCUUGCACUACAGCGUUCCGACGAGGAUCCUCAGCAGGCGCCAAUGCUUUCACAGCUGAUCGGGUUUCCGGCCGCACUGCUUCAGCAACAGAUGAGCACCGGAGACAAGCGCGAGUGGGUUAACCCGGCAAUUACAUGGGAACAGCGAUUGCUUUGCUGUCUGUCCAAUUGUAUCUACUGCAAUCGUAUAUUCUUUCCCAAGCUGGGCAAUCUUUUCACGCGACACAGUUUCCCCGUACCGACGUUGGCGAUUGAAAAUUCGCGAUCAACCAUCAAUGGGCUCUUUGCUAGCUUACUGGAAAUGUACGUAGAGCACAAGAGUGACCCACUUGUGGGUACCAUCGAACCAUCCAUGUAUCUGGGACGAUUCCAGUGGGAUCAGGUCGGUCCCUCGGAGAAGCUCAGUCCGUAUGCACACGAGUGUCUGGACAAUCUGGUAUCGGUGUACUCGGAGAUUUUCGCCAUCUCGCCGUCAUUGCUUCGGCCAAUCUUGGAACCGAUCGUACAGACUGUAGCGGAAGAGCUGGCCCGACUGAUGACCUGCGUGCAGAAGUUCAACGUAAAUGGAGCGUUGCAGGCGACGGUAGAUAUAAACGUGAUUCGUGAUGCAGUACGCGUGUACAGUAAUGAAACGGCAAAAAGUUUCUUUGUUGAGGCAUUGGAUGCUAUUCCAUCGGUUCCGGAAAGCGAACAGAGAACCUUUGAAACGGUUAAGACGAUCAAAAACAAUAUCCGUUUGCAGAUCAUGUGUCUACAGGUCCUAGAUCCUUGA